AUGGCUUCCUCAUUUGACCCCAACAAUGUCGAUCUCAGCACAGCGGACCCUGCCCAAGUCGUCUGCUGUCUCUCGGCAUCCGGAAAUAACUACAAUGGUCACCUUGGGGCUCGUAUCUCUUCCAUCUUUGUCAUCUUGGCAGUCUCAACAGCGGCCACGUUCUUCCCUGUUGUCGCGAGGCGGAUUCCAUCGCUGAAAAUUCCACUAUAUGUGUACCUUUUUGCUCGUUACUUCGGCACGGGAGUGAUCGUGGCAACGGCAUUCAUCCAUUUGCAAGAUCCUGCUUACGCGGAGAUCGGUCCGAACUCAUGCGUUGGAAUGACUGGCAAUUGGGCAGUCUAUUCAUGGCCCCCUGCAAUCGCGCUAACGUCUACGAUCGUCAUUUUCCUCAUGGACUUUGGCGCUGAGUUAUAUGUCGAGUCCAAGUAUGGAGUCACAAAGGUGGACCCGGGUACUACCAUUGUGCAGGGGGUUCACGCCUCUGCUGAAGAGUCCCAGACGACCUCAAACAGAGAAAUUUCGCGUGGGAAGAUAUGGGAGGGAAUUUCCCAUGGGGUUACCCUCCCACGCGGCUAG